AAGGGGGACACUGUGGUUUCUUAACACCAAAACUACUUCUUCCAUCUAUGUCAAGAAAAGAAGAUCACACGGGAGAUGUAUAUUGAAAAGUCCGUUGUUAUUUUGAUUCUGAUCGCUAUUUUUGGGAUCAUCGAAGCUAGAAGAAGUAGAGGUAGGAGUAGAACUAAAUCUAAAUUUCAAAUUGGUCUACCCAUCACUGGAAAAUACAGGGAUCCCGAAUCUGAUCAAUAUUAUAACAAUAAUAACGGAGCAAAAAUAACGUUGGCUUCACAUUUUGACUAUGAAUAUGUACUGGGACAUAAAAUAGCAUUUUUAUGUGUAGCUAGAGGCAACCCUCGGCCGCAUAUUACUUGGUACAAAGAUGGCAGCGAAAUAUUCACACACCAAUACUUGCAUAUACACGAAUGGCAAAUGGGAAGGGACAAAAUAAAAAGCAAAUUAGAAAUAGAUCCAGCAACUCAAAUGGAUGCAGGUGUAUACGAAUGUACGGCAGAUAAUAUGUAUUCCAUAGACAGAAGGUCGUUUAAAACUGAUUUCAGCAUUGCUUUCGAUUAAUAUAUUUAUUAUUUCAAGUAGAAUAUUCAAUUUUAUAUACAGAAAAUAUAUACUGUAUAAAAAUAA